AAUGCUGGACGACGUCCACCGACAGCCAAAACGGCCGCGGCUCACCUACAAGACCCUAUGAGGCUGGAAAACAUCGCGGCAGAUUUUGGGGGAGUAGCCUGCCAGUUAGCCGAGACCACUGUGAUCUCCACGUCACCACCUAAGCCUGUAUUAGUUUCCCUCACAGAGUCCUUGGUUGCUCUUGGGGCUGAUCCGAAAAGCUCAGGAGCGCGGCAUCUUCUACUAAACAUUCUUUCGGGUGCGCGGUCUUUGAGCCCUGGAGACUCCUGUCGUCUACUGUCGCUUCUCAAUAAGGCCGGCCUACCUCUACCUGAUGAAGUGGUUGAGCGCGUAGUGGUGACUGGAGGCGAGGGCUUGAGCAUGGAAGAGAUCUCUUCAGCCUACGAGGCCACAGCAGAGGAAGCGUUAGGGAAAUGGCUAGAGGGCAAAGAAGUGCAAGAGUGGACCCCCUGUAUUCUCCUCCGAGUGGCUCGCUGCUGCAGCAGUGCCUCUCUCGCCAAUCGAGUCGCUAAGGCGGCAUUACAGCAUCGGAAAAGCAUGUAUUUUGAUAAGGACGACGCCGACCUUGAGAGCUUCGUGAUUGGCGUCAUGCAUGGCCAUGCUUUGAAGCAGGAUCUGCACAUAG